GUGAAACCCUUUUAAGUUCACAAGUCCGUGUGGCGUGUUGCCGAGAAACAAAAAACGUGAAACCGCUAUGAUGACCUCCUCUUAAAUUGACCAACGGAUACACGUGAAAACACGCCGCGUUUCUCUCGAUAAAUCAUGCAACCCCUUUUUCUCUCUCUCUUUCUCUCUCAGUUUUUUCCAUAGCAAUCUGAAGAAAUAGAAAUUACAAACAUCAUCAUCAUCAAACACCACAGCUCCAUAAAGAUUCUCAUACGAUAGAUGGCCAGACAGGGUGUUACACUAAUGUGUUAUUGGAAUGGGAGGAUUACAAGUGGACCACAUGGAAUUUCUUAUGAAGGUGCUACACCAAAACCGAUUAGAGUCAACUAUGGGAUUACAUAUAAUGAGUUGCUGGAUACAGUUUAUGGGGUUAGCGGCUUUGACAAACACCAGGUUAAACUGAAGAUCACUUGCAGGUAUCCAGCAUGUAGGGAAUACAUUCCUGUGCCGAUAGAUGAUGACGAGUCUAUUGAUAUCAUGUUUGAUGUGGCACGACAACCUGGAACGAACUGCAUGGAGUUGUAUUUGGAAAGAGUACCAGUGCCCAUUGAAAAUCAAGUAAAUGUCACUGUGCCGGCCCACGCCAAUAAGCAAACACCAGUAGAAAAAGUCACUCGUGAUGCCCAAGUUGACAGCUUUCUGGAUCCGGGACCAGUGGACAAUACAGUGCUUGUGCUGCAAAACCAACAUAGAUCUGCAGCCAUAUGGGAAGGAGAGGAUCCUGGUGUCCUGACAUGUAGACAGAGGUUGGCUACAAUGAUGCGGGAAUGGCAAUUGGAUUCACGUAUUCGUCGGUUUGUCAUCCAGUCUGGCUUUUAUGGGGCAUACAGGAUUGGAUUUAUACAGAUUGACUGGCCCCUAAUCACUGCAUUGGUUGAGAGAUGGCGACAGGAAACUCACACUUUCCAUUUUACUGUGGGUGAGAGUACUGUCACUCUGCAGGAUGUAGCAUUGCUUCUAGGUCUUCAAAUAAAUGGUCAUGUGGUGACUGGUAAUGGUGAUCUCCAAUGGGAUGAUCUCUGCGAGGAGCUCUUAGGGGUCAGACCAGAUCGUAGUGUUCUUCAUGGUUCAGCACUUAAGCUUAGUUGGUUACGAUCUCGUUUCCAUAAGCCUCCACCAGAUGCUGAUGAUCUAACGUUGCAGCGUUAUGCUAGGGCAUAUAUCUUAGGUUUGAUAGGUGGUUUUCUCUUCACAGAUAAAUCUGGAGCAGAUGUCCAGUUGAUAUUCUUGCCUCUGUUGAGGGAUUUUUCAUAUAUUGAACAAUUGAGUUGGGGCAGUGCUGUACUGGCAUACUUAUAUCGUGAGCUUUGUCGAGCUAGUAAAGCAGGGGCUAAUGAGAUUGCUGGCCCUCUUAUAUUAUUGCAGUUAUGGGCAUGGGAGCGAUUACAUAUUGGUCGUCCUGAGAGACUUGGUGGCCGAGUGCGGGAUCCAGUUGUACCAGAUAGUGAGGAUGUAGGGAACAUUGCACUGGUUGUAGGGGAUGCAGCAAUACCUGAAGAGCAAGUGCCUACGGAUCCAUUAGGAUGCAGGUGGAGGGCUCCUGUAAUUCGUAGAGACAAUCCUCUUAGAGCAUUAAUAUUUUACAGGGACCAACUUGAUCAACAGACAGAUGAUCAGAUGAUAUGGCAGCCAUACACUACUGAGCGACUUGCUUUACAACCAGAUGUAUGUGUAAAUGACCAGCAUGUGUGGCAAACAAUUGCUCCACUAAUCUGCUUUGAUGUUGUCGAGUGGCAUCGUCCUGAUCGAGUUCUGCGACAAUUUGGUCUCCAUCAAGGAAUUCCUAAACCUUGUGAUACAGAGGUGAAACUCCAUUCAAUUGACAGACGAGGGAGACAUCACUAUGAUUGGCGAUCAUAUCAUGGACGAUAUAUACAGUUGUGGGAGGCUUGUGAAGAGAGUAUUGCAGUGGGUGAGUCAGAGGAGCACCCAAUGCAUUAUCAUGAUCCAUACAUGGAGUGGUAUCGUAAAAUCACACGUCGUUUGAUUACUCCUCUCACUCAAAGACCACAUAUGCGAUUUCAGCCUUCAAGUGGUACAACACAUCUGCUAGUCCAGAGCUUGACUGCAAUCCAUAACCAAUGCGCUACAAUACUUGGUGCUUUCACUAGUGACUGUGCAAUGCGAGCAAUGAAAGAUAUCCAAACCAUGUGCAUCCGUGUCUUACAGAUGAUUGGAGAGACCCGGCACCUUGAAACAAGACCAGCAUCUUGUCUUCCAUAUACAAAUAAUAUGGAGGGCUCAUUACGCCUCACCCAUGAGGAGGUGUCACCUCUACCAGCAACAACACAAACCACAACUAAGGCUCCAUCAGCAAGAGGACGAAGCAGAGGCAAAAGUAAAGGUAGAGGACGAGGCAGACCACACACAAACACAGCUGCAGUUGCAGCAGCUUUGUCAGAGUCAUUUUUACCACCAGUAGCAGCAGCACCAGAAGCUGUUUCAUCACAUCAUGAUGAUUCGGAAGGACCAUCAUACCUGAAUCAAAAGGAGGCAGCACCACCAGAAAAGUCAAUUUAUGUGUUGGAGGGCAAGAAAGUGGUAGAGAAAGCAGCAACAGUACUAUCAGAAGCAAUACACCUGCUAGAGUGUGAGAAAGAGGUAGAAACAGCAUCACCGCCACCAUCAGAACCAACAUACCUUCUAGAGGGUGAGAAAGAGGUAGAAACAGUAGCACCACCAUCCUCAGAGCCAAUGCACCUAUUAGAGUAUGAGAAAUGGGUGGAUACAGCCACAACUCAACCACAAGAUGGCCCUAUGGAGAAGUUGGCAGAACUUACUGAGGAGUCUAGAGAUUUGAACAGACCACAAAAGAAGUCCAAGCACGUCUAAUUUUAUGUUUAUGGAGGGAGGGGUAUUGGUACAUUUUGGAAUAUAUUGUUAGUGUAGCAUAAUUACUGAGUCGUAAUGUACAUAUAACUCCUUUAGUCAUGUUUAUUUUAAAUUCCAUCCACGUUUAACUCCUUUCGUCAUGUCCAUUUAAAUUCCAUGUCCAUCUUCCUUGUAUACUCCAUGACUUCUUGCUCAUCUUUGUCUUCAUUGGAGUGUCAAUUUUUAGCUUUUGUGAGAGAAGGAAAUUAUGUGAUAUAUAUAUAUAUAUUGACU